AUGUUGUUAACGUGGAUGAGAUUAGCAGUUAAACGAACCGAUGUACGACCAUUUUAUAAACGUGUUUUUACCGACAAUAUACUUAACAAGCUAUAUAGCACCACAGUGGUGACACUAAUUGGUGGAGCGUUAUAUAUGGCAUCAGUAGCUGUGGUAAACGUUAUAAUGUAUUACAAAGUCGUGAAACCGAUGCGUGAAGCAGAUCGAGAACGAUUAGAGAAAGACUUGAUCGAGGCUGAUAAAGAGGGUUUCGUGUUGAAGGUCUAG